AUGGAACCCCCAAGGGGGUUUUUGGCUUCUCUGUGGAACUUCAUACGGUUCUUGCCUUACUUCAUUGGCCUUCUAAUUCUUGGCUUUAUCAAAGGUAUCGUGUUAUUCCCAUUCGUAUGUCUUAUAAUGAUGAUUGGGAUAUCUGGAAUAAUUUUGGGUCUUUGGCCCAUACACCUUUUUUAUACAUGUUAUUGCAUUUUGAGAACAAAACAAUUUGGGCCAGUUUUGAAGGUUGUACUUUGCAUAUGUACUGCCGUCAUCUCAAUUUUAUGGCCUCCAGUUGGAAUUGUUAGUAGCAUUUUAGGGGGAGCAGCAUAUGGCUUCCUUGCACCAAUGUUUGCCACUUUUCAGGCAGUCGAGGAAGGGAAGACAGAUAAACUUUAUCACUGUAUAUGUGAUGGAACUUGGGACACAGUCGAAGGGAGCUUCACCAUUAUUAGGGAUUUUAUGGAUGUUGGUUACCAUUCGUACUUCUCAAUUAUGGAUGAUCUGUGGUCUGAGGGAAAAUAUUAUGAAAUUAGAUUACUCUUUCUUCCUUUAGCUCUUAUAAUUGGAGUACUGGGAGCAAUGGUUGAUCUACCAGUGAUCUCGAUUAUUUCCUUCUGCAAAAGCCCUUACAUGCUUUUCAAGGGUUGGCAUCGUCUGUUUCACGAUUGUAUAGGUCAAGAGGGGCCAUUCUUGGAAACAAUAUGUGUGCCAUUUGCAGGUCUCGCAAUUUUACUCUGGCCAUUGGCCGUUGCUGGGGCGGUUUUGGGUUCCAUGGUUUCAAGUAUCUUCUUGGGCGCUUAUGCAGCUGUAAUAGUGUACAAGGAGUGCUCUAUUUGGUUUGGACUUUGUUAUAUUGUCGCUUCAUUGUCCAUUUAUGACGAAUACAGCAAUGAUGUUCUAGACAUGCCUGAAGGAUCCUGCUUACCUAGACCACGUUACACAAAGAAGGCUCCAUCACGUACGAGCUCCCGUUCUGCUUCUUUCCCAAGCCCCAGAUCUUUCAAAAAGGCACCUUCACUUACAACUUCUCUUCCUGCACCUAUGAUUGAGUUGAAGCCCCUCGAGUUAGCUGAUUCCUUAUUCAAGGAGUGUCAACGCCAUGGGGAAAUUAUGGUUUCUAAAGGGACAAUAACCCUAAAAGAUAUUGAGGAAGCUAAGAAUAAGAAAGGAAGUGGAAAGGUCAUAAGCAUAGGUUUACCUGCUUAUUGCAUUCUUCAGGCACUAAUAAACUCUGUAAAAGCUAAUUCGACUGGUAUAUUGCUAAGUGACAAUACCGAAAUAACCACCUCAAAUAGGCCAAAAGAUGCAUUCUUUGAUUGGUUUCUUAAUCCACUACUAAUCAUUAAAGACCAGAUUAAAGCUGACAACCUCUCUGAGGAAGAGGAGGAAUACCUUGGCAAAUUAGUUUUAUUGAGCAGCGAUCCUGCGCGGUUAAAUAAUUCAAAUAUUGACCCACCUGAUUCUGAGCUAAGACGAGCAAAACUUAAUGCAUUAGCUCGAAGGGAGUCAGGGCCGCCUGAUCGGAGGGUGGAGACAGUGGUCUCGAAAAGCUUGCCUCCGACGUUGAGCUUGAUGAGGUCGCUGCCACCGGGCUGGGUGGCGAAAUUUGUUAUUUUUGGUGGUGUUGGCGGUGAUGGUGGUAGUGGAGGUACAGGUGAUGGUUGUGGCGAUCUGAGCUCCGACGAGGUAGCGCUCGUGCUUUCAGGGCCAAUUGAGGAGGCACUAGACUAG